AUGGUCGAUAUCGCCGGGCAGGGUCGCCUUCUUUUACUCGCCAACAGCAAAGCCCAUUACCCAGAAGCCCGCAUCGCCGUUCAGGGCGACCGGAAUCCCUACUCCCGCACGCAGAGCCACGUCCGCAUGGCGUCACUUCUUGGGAAAACUCUCUUCACAACCGACUACCACCUCUGCCCACUACAGACGACGGCCCUUCUCAGGCCCCAGUAUUACAGGGAGAUGCUGCGGGAACAUAUCAAAGUCACCCCCGGCUUCUCCGUCCUUUCUAUGACGCCCUUGUUUCCCGGGCGGCCUCACCCUCACCUCGAAAGAGGAGACCCCCAAACGGGAUAG